AUGUCUGCUUUUGAUCUGAGGAACCAGAGCAUGCAGUGUACAGAGCCUGAGAUAGACUAUAUCACCCCCCAGAUGAAACCGAGGGAUGAAAUGUUGGUCUUUAUAGAUGGUAAAUGGGUGAAUGAGAUCUACUGCCAGCCACACUUUCCUUCCCAACUAAAACUCUUUAGCAAGAAGGCACAGAAUGAGUGGAGCAUCCGGGAAGAGAACAGAGUACUCUGGCAGAAAAACCAAGUCCUCCAGAUCAAAAACAGGAUGCUCUGGGAAGAAAAUAAGGCUCUACAAUGUCUCCAGUCACAGAAUAAAGCCAUCCAGGUUAUUUACACUAAUGCUAUGCAGCAAAGCCUCCAGAAUGAAAAUAAGCCAUUUCCUUUCUUCAAAGAGAGGACCAUAGGCUUUCAGUUCAACCCAGGUCACAAAGCCCUCCAGGCAGUCCAGGAACAGAAUAAAGUCUUAGAGGAUUACCAGCAGGAGACUAAAACAGUCCCUGUCACCUGGAAAGACCAAAAAGCCAUGAAGGUCCAUGAAGAGAGCAAAGAUGCCACCUCAGAUCUUCAGAAGAACACUAUCAUAGCUGUGGAAAAAGGUAACCCUGGCCCAGUCCUCCAGCAGGAACAUGAAGGUAAAAAGAAGAGCAUCAGCUCAACCCAGAAUAAGACUGAGUCAGCACCAAGGGCACAGGGUGAAUAUGAAAUCCUCCACGUUCUCCAGGAUUUAUGUGAGCUCUUUCACAUCUUCCUGAAAAUGAAUCAUCUCCCUAGGGAGAAACAGGGCUGUCAGAAUCUCUAUGAUGUGAACAGAUCCUUCCAAGAAGAUUACAAUAAAUUGAAACUGCAUCUGCAUGCUGUGAAAAGCACUGUGUCAGACAUUAGGGUUCUGAUGGAAAUGCUGGAAAAGGAGAUCAUUGCCAUCACUUCCCCAAUGUAUGAAGAAGGAGGACAAAAGCUGGCAACUGAGCAUCUGUUUGAAGACAUGUGA